AGUUGCAUGUUUAAAAACUAUUGUGAAGGACAUGCUAACAUUGCUAUUUGACUAGAGUUACCCUCAAUUUAAUGGUCUAAAAUGGUGUGGUUUAAACAUAGUCCUCUUCUAUUAAUAUGUGGUUGAAUAUGAAAUGUGAAAGAAAUUAAGAAAUAGCACAUUUUGAAUUCUAGAUUUGCUGCUACACAUAACAAAUGAAUUCUGUGGGGACAUUCACUAUCUAUCAUAUAUAUGAUGAUGUGUAUAUAUAUUCAGUAUAUAUACACACACACACAGUGUCUGUAAAUAGUAACACUAAUAGUGCAGAAUAAGCCUGCAAAAAGAGUUUAUUUCUUACCUGGGAAAAUAUUUAAUGCCUGAGGUCCAUGAAUCCUUGUCCUUUGUCUGCUUCUGGUUUAGCAGUGGGGGUCUUGGAACCCACACACAAAAGAAACUUUUAGAUCAGGGUCAUCGCUGAACAGUAUUACAUUUUUUAUUUAUAUUUUUGCCAAUUCAGUGCACAUGAAAGGCAUGAUGUUGAAUAGGUAGUCCAAUGGAAAUCCAUGGUUGCACCGACAGCUUAAGAAAAGCACCACCCUCCUCCCCGCCCUCUAGUAUACUUUAUUUUUGGUGAACUUUUAUCUACUGCUCAUUUCAAUUGAGCUUAUGCUUUUGAACCUUCAUAUCUCCACUUAUAAUAGGCUCUCUGCCUAGUAUUCAGAUUCUUCCAUUGUAUUAGUGUGUGUGUUUGUGUGCUGAAUGUUGGGAUUCCACGUCAACACAGGAAAUCGUAUGUUAAUUAGUACAAAUGUGUACACUCACACACUGUGGCGUUAGCAUUUGUGUGGUGUUGACUUUAAGUCUCUCAUUUACAAUUCAAACAACAUGAUAUUGGCAGUAGAAAGAAAUUUGAAAUAUGACCGUUAUUUUCCAAGCAUUUAUGAAAUACAACUGAUCAAAAAGAGAUAUUAAUAUAUAAGUGUUUUUUUUUUUAAAGUGCUCAUCCAAAAUUCAAACGUAUUAGACUAUAUUGAAUUAAGCCAGGUUUUAAUUAUUUUCCAGCACUCUUCUUCUAGUUCUCUAUCAGCAGUCAGUGGUGAGGCAUGCCUUGACAUGCCUACUGAACGUGGGGUGGGGGAGGGGCGUGUCUAACACAGCAUAUUAACAGGAGUUUUUCUAUCCAGUACCAAUGUUAAGGGACCUCAAAUUCAACCUGUUGAUGUUACAGUGGAGAUUGUGUGUUGUAGAAUCAGUUUUAUUGAGAGGAAAACAGUUUGAUUCAAAGUGUACUCCACAGACCUGAACAAGCUGUACUGUCAGCUGGCUAAGACCUGCCCCGUCCACAUGGUGGUGGGCCAGCCGCCCCCGCCAGGCUCGGUGCUGAGAGCCACUGCGGUCUACAAGAAGUCCGAGCACGUGGCCGAGGUGGUCAGGCGAUGCCCUCAUCACGAGAGGACCCCAGGAAACAAUGAUGGCCCAGUCCCUCCCAGCCACCUGAUCCGGGUGGAGGGGAAUCCGCGUGCUGACUACCAGCAGGACCUGAACAUCGGGAGGCAGAGUGUAGUGGUCCCUUAUGAGCAACCUCAGCUGGGCUGUGGACACACCACCACACUCUACAAUUACAUGUGUAACAGCAGUUGUAUGGGAGGGAUGAACCGCAGAGCAAUUCUGAUGAUUGUCACUCUGGAAACGCAAGAGGGACUUGUCCUCGGCCGUCGCUCUUUUGAAGUUAGAGUCUGCGCUUGUCCUGGACGGGACCGCAAGACGGAGGAAACCAACUUCAGGAAAAUCCAAGAGACCAAGUCGUCAGUCAAGGCUACCGCUACCGCUGCCCCCACCACUAAACGCAGUCUGAAGGAGGCGCCUCAGGCAGCAGCACAACCUGAAGGCAGCAAGAAGGAGGAGAUAUUCAAACUGGAGGUUCGGGGAAGAGAACGCUAUGAAAUGUUGAAGAAGAUAAAUGACAGCUUGGAGCUUAAUGACUUGGUGCCCUCUAGCGACAUUGAGAAGUACCGUCAGAAACACAGCUCUAAAGGCGGGAACAAACGUGAGCGUGAUGGCUGUACCAUGGAACCAAAAAGAGGAAAGAGACGUCUUGUGAAAGAAGAAAAAAGCGACUCUGAUUAAUAACAGGAGUGUCCUCUGUUAUGUGUUUAUCAAAAUGACUGCAGUAAAACCGUGAGAUACACGGUUAGUGCUUCAGUGUUAAGCAUAGUAAACCUUCAAAUGCCUGUAGGCUGAAUUACAAUUGGCAGGAAAAAUGUCGCGCAGCCACCAAACCAUGAUCAUAGAUUCCAAAUGGGGGAAAUGACUCACGCAAAUAAUCUCUUUUUUUUUAUGUGUAAAAACAUGGCUGCCUCUCCCGUUUCUUUUUUGGUUUCUUUGGGGGGGGGGGGGGGGGGGGGGUCAUGUUUUUUUUUAUGAUGAAUUCAGAUUAUCAUAUUUUCAACCAAAAAAAUAAUUUGGAUUGUAGUAAUUGAAAGUGUGAAGCUGCAUUAUUUCUUAUAGAGUAUUACCUGAGCGAACGUUUCACUGGGGGGGGGGGGGGUCAUGUUUUUUUUUGUAGUGCCCUCUUUCCCUUCUAACUGUAUUCAACCAUUGUGUCAUUCGGGCAUAAAGGGUUUGGGUAUGUAUUUUUUUUCACAGUUGCAUUAAUUUUCUUGUAUUGAGGUUGUUUUAUGAAACAAGAAAUGGGUAACGACAAGAUAUUGUUCCUGAUAGCGUUGUUUUUUGUCCGUUUUAUAUUUUAUAUUACAAAUGUUUUGAAUA